AUGGAAAUUCACCUGGAAGUUUUGAAGAAUCAUACCUUCCUCAACCAAAACCAAACGGAUGGAGACAAUCAACAUCCCCAGAGGAGAGAGCCCUCGACAUCAGCUGAGCAGGAGUCCUGGUCAGCACUGGAUAAACUGAAACUCUUAGAAAGGAAUGCUGACUUUGGGUUCAACCUGUUUCGAAAAAUAGCUAUGAAACAUGACGGCAACAUAGCCUUUUCUCCUCUCUGCCUUUCCUUUGCAAUGACUACACUAUUGCUGGCAUCCAGAGGGCAGACCCAAUCCCAGAUCAUAAAGGCCCUCAACUUUCAGGAUCUCAGCAGUGCACAGACAAAUUUCUUGCCUUCUUUCUUCAAGGAACUCAAAGACAACAUCUCCCAAAAUCAGGAGCUGGCUUUAUUAAAAGGGAGUUUUGCUUUUAUCCACAAGGAUUUUAAUGUGAAAGAGUCUUUCUUCAAUUUGUCCAAGAAAUAUUUUGACAUGGAGUAUGUACCUGUGAAUUUCUACAACACUACACAGGCCAAGAAUUUCAUGAAUCAUUAUGUGAACAAGGAAACCAAGGGGAAAAUUCCCGGACUCUUUGAGAAGGUUAAUUCUGAAGCUAAAUUCAUUCUUGUGGAUUACAUCCUAUUCCGGGGUAAAUGGCUAUCUGCAUUUGACCCUCUUCUCACUGAAGUUGAAACCUUCCAUCUGGACAAAUACAGAACCACAAAGGUGCCUAUGAUGUACAGGUCCGACAAGUUUGCUUCGACCUUUGAUAGGAACUUGCACUGCCACGUGCUCAAACUACCCUACCGAGGAAAUGCAAGCAUGCUGGUGGUCCUUGUGGAUAAAAUGGGGGAUCAUCUUGCCAUUGAAGACUACUUAAGUGUAGAGCUGGUGGACAAAUGGAUCAAAAACAUGGAAACCAGAAAAACGGACGUUUUCUUUCCAAAGUUCAAGCUAGAUCAGAAGUAUGAGAUACAAGAACUCCUUAAGCAGAUGGGAAUAAGAACAAUAUUCUCCCCCUGGGCAGAUCUGAGCGAACUCUCAGGCCCAGCAAGGAAUCUCAAAGUGUCUAAGAUUCUCCAGAGAACAGUAAUUGAAGUCAAUGAGAAAGGAACUGAAGCAGCGGCUGGAACAAUGGCAGAAAUUGUUGCUUACUCAAUGCCUGCAAUCAUCAGAGUAGAUCGUCCAUUCCAUUUCAUGAUCUAUGAAGAGACAUCCAAAAGUCUGCUCUUCCUUGGCAGGGUGAUCAAUCCAUCUCUUCCAUAAUUUAUAACACACACACACACACACACAC